AUCGCUCUUUUCAUUCGGGGAAUUUUACUUCCCGGCGCCGACGAGGGCAUUCUCUUUUAUCUGACGCCCGAUUGGAAAAGGCUGAUGUCCGCGAAAGUGUGGGGCGACGCCGCGGUGCAGAUAUUCUUCGCUUUGAGCCCCGCUUGGGGCGGUCUGAUUACGCUCAGCUCCUACAACAAAUUCACCAACAAUUGCUACAAGGAUUCGUUGAUCGUCGCCGUCAGCAAUAUCGGCACUUCCUUCUUCGCUGGCUUCGUCAUUUUCUCUGUGAUCGGUUUCCUGGCCCACGAGCUCGACGUCCCUGUCGCGUCUGUCGUUGAUCAGGGUGCUGGAUUAGCGUUCAUUGUUUAUCCCGAGGUAGUAGCUCGUUUACCAGUUGCACCAGUCUGGUCGCUGCUCUUCUUCGUGAUGUUGCUUACCUUGGGCCUCGAUUCUCAAUUUGCUCUGAUGGAGACCGUCACCACAGCGAUUCUCGAUGCAUUCCCAGCACUGAGAAGUUACAAAUUAUGGGUUGUCCUGGCGGCAGCCGUGUUCGGUUACGCCGGUGGUAUCGUUUUCACUACCAACGCUGGCAUGUACUGGUUGCAAUUGAUGGACAAAUACGCGGCGAAUUGGUCGGUGUUACUGAUCGCUAUAUGCGAGUGUAUCUUGGUCGCGUGGAUCUACGGUGCGGAUCGAUUUCUCGACGACGUGCAGCAGAUGAUCGGACCACGCAGUCGUCUCUGGAGGUUUUUCUGGACCUGGAUGUGGAAAGUGAUUACACCAGCGACGCUCUUUUUCAUUCUGUUUUUCAAUUGGGUCGAGUACGAGCCGCUUAAGUACGGUGACUACGUUUAUCCGAAAUGGGCGGACAUUGUUGGAUGGGUUGUCGGUAUAAUACCAGUACUGGUCAUCGUUGGCUUAGCUCUCAGCCAAUUGAGGGACCGGCGUCCUCGUUCCGCCUACGACGACGACGACGACGACGACGACGACCUGGACAACCGCCCGUCGUAUCAAAGAGCUGGCAGAGGGAGAACGAAGAAGAGCAACGGGAAGAACGUUUUGUGGCGGGCGAAGAUGCUUUUACAACCGACUUCCGAUUGGGGUCCUGCGGCCAGGAAUUCUUCCACUCCGUCGAGAACGCUCACUCACACGCCGUCACCAGGGCCACCAGGAGGAUACAAUUCCGUGAGAGACACCAUAGUCCUGGUGAACGGUCAGCCAAUGAUGGUGCAACCAUCGAGCACGUCCGGCACCGCUCAGAAACUUCCUGGACCGUCGAUCCUCAAGAAUUCUAGUAAAACCGAUUUGAUCACAUCGCAACAAGUCUGACACGAUGUUCAUUUUAUCUGUAAAGACGAGUCUGCCCAGAAAUCUAUUGCCAAAGAUACAACACGCCAAUAAAAGAUAGUUGCAUACUCGCAGAUAGGUUCGAUAACGAUCAACGAUCGAUCGGGUGGCGGUCAAUCGAAAAAAAAAAAAAAAAAAA